AUGACCGAUGAAGACUACGGCAGUGGAGGGAAUGCUGCUGCAGGUGGUGCGAUUUUGGGACUUGGCACGACGGUGGUAGUCUUCCUUAUGUAUCUUCCCUGCUUCUGUUGUUGUGCUGUUAUUAUCUACAUGCUUGUGCAGUACAGUAAGAUCAAACGGGCAAAGACUGAGGUCGCGCUACUCCAACAAAACUAUAUGGCCAACCAAAGUCCCAAGAAAUGGUUAAGAAGUUCUAAUCAUCUCCGGCUAUAG